GCCUGGAGCAGCAGGGAGGAGGAAGGCUCACAGCAGAAGUCCUGCCUCGGUUCUGUGUUGAUCGUCAUCUCUGCCAGAGACGGGACGCAGGGCCAGGCUGGGGGCAGAGGGUGGCAACCAGAGCGGGGGGGGGGGGGCUUCAUUUCUGGAGCAAAUGACGAGAAGAUUCCUCUGUGCUUUCUGCAGCUUCGGGGAAGGUUUGGCAGCAUGCAGCAGCAAGGCGGGGAAAGCAAAGAAGGAAAGCCAGAGCCACCAGCAGUGAAGGGAGAUGGGAGCCAAGGCAUGGACCGAAGGUGGGCAUGGGCAGCGGUGCUGCACUUCUUCCUGGUCAACGUGUUCGUGAUGGGAAUGCUGAAAACCUUUGGCAUUUUCUUCGUGGCUUUCCAGGAGGAUGUGGGGGGCUCCUCAGAGCAGGUCAGCUGGAUCGGCUCCAUCAUGUCCUCACUGCGCUUCCUAGGAGCCCCACUGGUGGCCGUGGUCUGCAGGCGGAUCGGUGAGCGGCCGACCUCCAUCCUCGGGGCUGGGCUGGUCAGUGGGGGCUGCCUGCUCAGCACACAGGCCACCAGUGUCCCCUUCCUUUGUGUCUCCAUGGGACUCCUGCUGGGCAUGGGGUUCUGCUGCCUAUACCAGGCAGCAGCAGUGAUGACGGCCAAGCGCUGCAGGACCCGGCUGGCUUUCUCCAAUGCCAUUGCACGCUCAGGGAUGGGCCUCACCUUCCUGACUGCACCCUUCACGCAGCUGCUCAUCGAUACCUAUGGCUGGCAGGGUACUCUCCUGGUUUUCAGUGGCAUCAUGCUGAACCUCGUGCCUUCCAGCAUGCUGCUGCGCCCCGUCCCCACCCAGCUGCCUCCCUGCCCCCCAGCCAGCAAUGAGGACGGGAGCUCAGUGCCCAAAGGAGAAGCAGGAGCCCUCGAGGAAGCCACUGAUGGAGCAGCACAGCCAUGCAGUGCUCAGGACCUUCCCAGCACAGAGCCCUGCAGCACUGGUGCAGUAACCACAGCAGCACCAGGGAAAGCCCCCACUGCCAGCUGCUGCCCUGAAACCAUCAGCGAGGCCACGAAGAGCUGCAGCUCCCUCCCGGCAUUCAAGGAGGAGAAACCACAGCCUCUCAUUGACUUCUCCCCCCUAAAGGAUCCCCUCUUCUUCAUUUUCACCUGGUCCUUUUUGUUCAGCCACCUGGCCUACUUCGUGCCCACCAUCCACCUGGUAGCCAGAGCCAGGACGUUGGGCAUAAGCAGCAUGGAUGCCUCCUACUUCAUCUCAGUGGCCGGCAUCACCGAGACGGGCAGCCAGCUGCUGUCAGGCUGGAUUGCAGACCAGAACUGGACCAAGAAGUACCAUUACCACGCAGCUUACCUGGUGCUCUGUGGUGUCACCAACCUGCUCUGCCCCCUGGCCACCACCUUCCCUCUGCUCAUGACCUACGCUGUGGCCUUCGCCAUCUUCUGCGGUGGAUUCCUGGCUCUGGUGCUCCCUGUGCUGGUCGACCUGGUCGGCGUGCAAAAACUCCACAGCUAUUUGGGCUUUGCUUCCUUCUUUGCUGGGAUAGCAGCUGUUGGCGGGCCUCCUCUCGCAGUGAUCCAUAGCCCGAGCUGGAGCAGAUCUCUUCUACUGAUACAAGAUGGACGUCCAGCAGAAAGCAAUACCUGCAAAACCAGCGCAGGAAAUUUUCUGACAGAAUAACAUACGGUGUGAAAAGAGCUAAGUAAGUUGGCUCUCCUUCAUCCAUGCAUCAUGCAGUGGUUAUGCUUUCCCUCUGCUUCCAAUCUAUUUUCGCUAAUUGGAAGCCUUCUGCUUCCUGACGAUGCGAGGACGGGUCUGGGCUUCGUAAAGCAAGCAGGCUUUCGGUGAGAAGCCCCAUGCAGAGAUCAGCCUUCUCCAUCCAGAUGGGAUAAAUCGAGGCCCAACAAAGCCAAGGAGUCACACUGAUCCACCUCACUGCAAGGAGGGCGAGAGGGAAAUGAGUCACAGCUCGGAUCCAGGUUUGUGGCACACCACAGUUUUCCUUUUGCUGUAGUUUUCUCUUCCUAUGCUUUCUACUGCAAUGCUCCGACACUGCCAUAGGAAACAUGAAAACCAGUUGGGACUACCUGCUAACUCCCUGUUUCCAACAGCAGCUGCUCCUUGCAGAACACACAACAGGACUGAAGUGCUAAGAAAGACCUUGGGGGUUUCAGUGCAUCCCACUGCUGCUGACCUCCCUGAAAUGCUGACCUCAGAAGCCCAGCUUGCAUCGUUUUUGCAGUGGAAGCCACAGCAUGAGGGAGACACGGGUUAUAAAUGCUUAUUGUGCACAGCAGAGCAAAGCCUGAUCACAGUGCAAUGAAGAGGUGACUUACGUGCAAAUCUGUUUAACUGCAAGCCCUUAAGCCAGGGCUGAGGCUCCUCAUAGCUGGGUGCUCCUGCACUCCUGAACAGCAGAACAAGGCAGAACAAACAUCAUUUUGGCAAGCUACAAGGGAGCCAAGGAGAAGGCACAACCUAUUUCCUAAGGAGGAGAAAUCAGUAACAAACUGCAAAAGGGGAAAAAAAACAAACCAUCACCACACAAACGAUGUAAUUCAAGACCCCAAAACUGAUUCCAGCAGGCAGCACACAGCAACUCCAGCUCCAACAAAUGUGGGAGGUAAAGGAGGAGAGGAAGGAGUCAUCUGAAAGCAGCAUUGGCACAGGGAUUUAAAUGCUCUCACCUCCAGCAUGGCUGCCUUUGUGCUAGGCAUUGCUGUUAGGAAAUGUGCAGCAAACAAAACCCAGAGGUGCCAGGCCCCUCACAGAGCAGCUCUGCAACUCCAACAACACAACCAGCUUGCAGAACCACCACUCUGCUGUGUGUUGCAGGCACUCAGCUCCCUGCAGCAGGAUUUGGCCCUUCUUGCUCAGGGAGAAGCACGCAGGCUCUGAAAGGACGUGCUGUGCUCAGAGCAUCACCUGCAUGGCACUGCCAGCCAGGAGGGGACACUGAGGCUUCAGCAGAGCUUCUGUGUAUUAAAAAACAACCAGAAAAAUCCCGCAUUUAGAAAGAUCACGAAGAUUUUAAAAGUAAUAAUAAAAAGAUUCAGAGCUUAUCACAGCUGGAAUGCUCUGCUCUGGAUGCCUGCGUUGUACGGUUGGCCACGUCAGCAUCCCUGGUCUGCAUCCCAUAGAUCUUCAAAGAGCAGAAGCUGACCCCACCUCUGAUGACAGCCCAUCCUGCACAACGCACGGGGAGCACGUUGCCACCUCCUCCCCACUGCGCUUCCCUGGGCUCUGCCCUCUGGAAAGGCACUCCUGGGCUCAAGCAAUAUCCCUGAGAAAAAGCAAAAACAACAGAGCUGAGAUCUGGCAAAGGCAUGGGAUAAGUGAAACUGAAAGCUGGUGAGCCCACAGGGCACUGUGCGAGACCUCCUUUCUUUCCCUCCAUGGCUCUGCAAACGCCAGCAAGGAAAGCGUUGGCAUCUGUGCCCUUUGGUCACCCCAUACUGAGCAGCACUGCUUCCUUCCCCACAGUUCCACAGGUAAUGCUGGGAACAAGGCUCUGCUGCUGCUGUUUUCUGGUCUAUCUGGAUCCCAAGCUGCUGCUGUCAGUGGUGUAAAUCCAUGGAUGUCACGCAAGGAAUUUUGCUCCACAUGAGCAGCAGCUCUGAGCUCUGCUGGUCACUGUGCUGCUCAUCCACCCCACACAUCCGGAUGCCAGAUUUGGGAAUAUACUGCAGGGUUUAUGGCAGGCAGCAGCAGCUCCAAUUGCUUUGCAUAUUUUAGAUUCAAGCAGGAAGAAUUAAAUGAAAGACCCAGAUAAUAGAUGAUACACACACUUAAAUCUGAAGGUCCAGAAACUAGACGUAACCAAACAAAACACUUCAAGGUCACUUUAAAAGGCGACCUGCCCCUCUGCAGAUUCCUGAGUCUCUGUGGAAUUCAGGUUUUCCUUUCAAGUGCCAGCAAAGCUACUAUUAAGCAAGUUUGCUCGCAGCCCCUCGUCUGGGAUCUCUCACUUUGGACAGGUUGCUGCACUGGGUCUGCUCAAAAUGCCUGGGGGAACGCGGAGAUUGCGGCGCAGAUGUUGCAAAGCCCAACACGUGCAAAGCAGCUCAUUAUCCAGCAGGACCUCACAUCUGCUGCAGCAGCUACUUCUGGCCCUUGUGGUUAAAAAGGA